UUCCGCUAAAAAAUUGUUUUGAUUGCCGACCAAAGCGAUUCUUCAGAAAAUAUUCAUUUUAGGGUAAAAGUUGAAAUAAGUGCAAGAUGUUGGUUCCAAUAUUUACCCUUAACUUGAAGCAUAAGGUCAACCCACAUAUGGUGACCAUUGGAAAGUAUGAUGGCAUUCAUUGUUCACUGACGUGUGCAACUACGGCAGGAAAGGUUAUAGUUCACAAUCCCCACAACCGGCUACAAGAGGGUCGAGCCUCUGAAGGAGACAUAGCUCUGCUGAGUAUAAACCAGCAGGUGUCAUCAGUAUGCGCUGGUCGACUCAACCCUGGUGUGCCAAACGACGUCCUAGCUGUCGGCACUCAGACUAACCUCAUGGCGUACGAUAUUGAGAAAAACAGGGAUCUGUUCUAUAAAGAGACAUCAGAUGGGUCCAAUGCUAUUGCAAUUGGUGAGCUGGGAAACAUCGAGGGAACCAUGGUCAUCGUGGGCGGAAACUGCUCCAUUCAGGGUUACGAUGUCGAGGGCAACGAAAACUUCUGGACUGUGACAGGAGACAAUGUUUGUUCCCUGGCCUUGUUGGACUUCACCGGGAAUGGACAGAAUGAGCUCGUUGUUGGCUCAGAAGAUUACGACAUUCGAGUUUUCAAGGAAGAUGAAAUUAUAUCUGAAAUGACUGAAACUGAGGCGAUUACUUGCCUGUGUCCAAUGGAGAACAGCAAGUUUGGGUAUGCUCUGGCCAACGGCACUGUAGGGGUUUACGACAGAACUGCAAGAUUCUGGAGAAUAAAGUCGAAGAACCAGGCUGUGACGAUCAACAGUUUUGAUCUGGACUCGGAUGGCGUUCCGGAGCUCAUUACGGGAUGGAGUAACGGAAAGAUUGAUGCGCGCAGCGACAGGACAGGGGAGGUCAUCUUCAAAGACAACUUUCAAAAUGCAGUGGCAGGGGUCGUGCAGGGUGACUACCGACACGAUGGCGGACAGCAGCUUAUCUGCGUUUCUAUUGAGGGAGAAGUGCGAGGGUAUAACCCUGCCUCAGAAGAAAUGCGGGGAAAUCUGAUGGACACAAAUCUCGAACAAGAGACGAUCAGAGAGCUGAGUCAGCGUAAACAGAACCUGAUGAUGGAGUUGAAUAACUAUGAGGAAAACCAGAAAGCGGGAGAGGCAGCAUCAGGAGUACUCGCAACGAGAUCGUCGCAGGCACGAGGGGGGCAAAUUUCUGCAGAGAGACCGUUCCCGCCUGGUGUCGAGUAUGAACAGUCGUCAAUGGGGGUUAUUCCUGCUUCUACACAGCUUCAGACAACAUUAUCUGUCAUUCCCGGGGAUGAAAAACAGUCGGCCCACGUUGAACUGCUGGUGGCAACUACAAAUGACACGAUUGUCCGGGCAGUGCUGAUAUUUGCAGAGGGUAUAUUUGAUGGAGAAAGUCAUGUUGUACACCCGAGUCCAAGCGGCCUGAGUAACACUGUUAAAGUUAACAUUGUUCCACCUAAAGACGUCCCAGUAGAUCUCCAUAUCAAAGCCUUCAUUGGAUACAAGAGCUGUACACAGUUUCAUGUGUUUGAGUUAACACGGCAGUUACCCAGGUUUUCUAUGUACACGCUUAGCGAGGUUCCCUCAGAGGCUCCGAACAGUUACUGCACUUUCCAAAUCAACGAACGUGUACAGAGGCUGGUUAUGUGGAUCAACCAGAACUUCCUACUACAAGAUGACGUACAGUGUGACCCCAAUGGCCAUCUCGACCUCACAUUUAUCUCGCUACGAGGCUCGGGACCUUUUAACAUCCGCAUGGACACCAAUGGCAAUGUUGGUCUUUACACUGCUGAUAUGGACCUGGCUGGAGAUAUAGUACAGGCCCUGGCUGGAUUUUUCAAUCUAGAGGACUUGCAUACAACCAUCGAUUUUCCAGUUGAGAUGGAAAGACUGCGAGAAGUGCUUGUCAAGGUCGAUGAAUACCAUGCAGUACGUCAGAAGCUGACUGCGGAGAUGGCCGACCACUCGAAUCUCAUCCGGAGCCUCGUUGUGAGAGCGGAAGAUGCCAGGCUCAUGGGGGAUAUGGGAAACAUGAAGAAAGGUUACACAGAGCUGUAUAACAUGAACCGAGACCUGAUUAAUGGCUACAAGAUUCGCUGUGGAAACCACCAGGAACUCCUCAACGCGCUGAAACAGGUCAACCUGAUUGUACAGAAGGCUGGGCGCAUGAGAGUGGGUAAAUACAAGACUCAGGUUGUGAAUGCGUGUCGUGCAGCCAUUAAAAGCAACAAUGUGAACGCACUAUUCAAAAUCAUUAAAGCCGGAGGGAGCUGAAUCCUCAGAUUUAGUGGUGUAUGACAUUGUUAUUAAAUUAUUUUGUACAUAAUCUGUUUAGUGGCAUUUGGCCUGUGAUUGUUAAUUUAGUUUUGAAUGACUAGUGAUUAUUACUUAAAUGGUAUAUCAGCUGUGAAUGUUUUUUGACAUUUGAAUUUGUUUUCGAGGCAAUAAGGGAGAUCGUUAGUCCUUGUAUCAUGUUUGAGAGUUCUUUAUUUACGUCUACACAUUAACUUCUCCAUCAGAACUGUAACUUGUAGAAUGGUUAUAACUGUUCUAUACUGUGCAGGUAGACUACAACACUAUUCAUCUAUACUGCAUGCUAUUUACUGAACGUUGCCCUUGACAACAUAGUACCAAACAGGGAUAUACUUGUUUAAAUAUUCAUUAUUUGUUCUGGAAUAAAAAAUUUACAACUUAAAUAAGAUAAAUUAUACUAUAAUACUUGGAUUUAAGAAUUGAACUCAUUUUACCGCAUUACAUCAAAAGUUAUUAAAAGUCAUACAUUUGUAUACACUCUUUUAAAACGCAUACUCACAUCAAAUGUUAUUAAAAUUUGGGUCAAGAUUCCAAAGAAUGUAAGUAUAUUUUCUUGAAAUAUUGACAAAUAUUUGUAUCAACAUAUUCAUUUGUUUUUUAAAAGUGUAAAAGCAUACAAGGUUUUUAAUCAUACUAUGCUCUUGUCUGGUUAAAUAAAAACGUGGUAACAUCUGGGCCCAGUAUCACAAAAAUAAUUAAGUAAGAUCUCAAUUUCAAGGCUAAUAUUUCUGUGAUAUUGAGGCCAGGUGUUUAAAUUUUUUUAGAACAUUGCCAGCCAUUAUUUAUUCUUAAGUAUUUGUUGUUAACUAUUUGUUUAUGUGAACCUAUAUCAUUAAAAAAAAUUAAACUCUGUGAUAUUUAGUGUAACUAUGUCGUAUCUUUUUUAUGUGAAUAAAUAGAGGAUGAUUAUUUGUGUCGGUGAAAAAUUGUAAUCUAUUUCACCUUUGAGCACUUAAAAAUAUAUUUCACAAGUG